CCCCCGGCACCGCCCUGUGUUAGGGGUUUGUACCAAUUAACGAGGGAGAAAAGUCAUUAAAAAGAAUAGAAAUACACCUCUCUCUGGUUUAUGAUCUCCAGUCUCCACGAAAGUAAGGAACCAACGAGUCAGAAACAUCACUCAUUCUCAAAACAGGGAAACAGGAUUUUCAAUCUUAGGGUUACAUUAAGAGAAUGAGAUAAUCAAACAAACAAAUAUACUAAUCAUUCAUGGAGGAAGAAGACGAGGAUAGAUUUCUGCUAAAUACUUUGGGUGUAACAUCUGCUAAUCCUGAGGAUAUUGAACGCACUAUACUUGAUGAGGCUAAAAAUGAUAGUGGAGAAAGGGAUGAAGCUGGAGGGAGCAUUGUGGAGCAUCUUGUUGAUGAUCAAAAAGGCAAUGAUACAUCAUCUGCUAGUAGAGCAAAAAUUUAUAAUAAAUUGAGGGCAGUGGAAGUUGAAAUAGAUGCUGUUGAGGCUACUGUUGAACAGUCAAAGAGUGUUGCUAGUGAGGAAGACAAUGUCUUGGAUGGUGUUGUUGAUAAAGGAAAGAAGGUAUACAUAGAGGAGGAUAUACAUGUCAGUGAAGAUGGCCCCAGUGGUUUAACCCUUCAACAUGCGUUAGCUACUGAUCGACUACAAAGCCUUAAGAGAACAAAGGCUAGGCUGAGGAAAGAACUUUCUGAGUUCGAUAAACUUAACAAUGAAGGAGUUACUGAUCAUGAACAGUUGAUUAAAUCUCUUGUCAAGGAAGAUGUACACGCCAAAGGGCCCAAACGAAAGCUGAAAGGCAGUCAAAAGUCAAGCAAAGGCACAAACAAACGGCAUAAAACAGUUUCCUUCGAUGAAGAUGUUGAUUUUGAUGCAGUGCUGGAUGCGGCAUCCGCAGGAUUUGUUGAAACUGAAAGGGAUGAAUUGGUCAGGAAAGGAGUCUUAACUCCUUUUCAUAAACUUAAGGGUUUUGAGCGCCGAGUUCAACACCCAGGUCCAUCAUCUAGGUUAAGUACCGCUGAAGAAGAAGAAGCGAAAAACGAGAGUAUUGCUUCAGAAACCGUCUCUAAGGUGGUUAGAUCAAUCUCUGAGGCUGCAAAAGCUCGCCCAACAACCAAGCUUCUUGAUGCAAAAGAAUUACCCAAACUCGAGGCACCCACUCAUCCAUUUAGCAGACUGAAUGCGCCUCUGAAACAAAAGUCCACCGAAAAUGGGCAAGAGGGGAAGAAAGAUAAGAGAAGGAAGAACAAGAGACCAUUGCCAGGGAGGAAAUGGAGAAAAGCCAUUUCUCGCGAGGAGAUACUUGCAGAAGGAAGUGAUGAAGCAAAAGAUAACUCGAUCACCUCCGAAGAAAAUCAAGAUUCUGAAGAAUUAACCAAUACGGAGGAUUCACAUGUGACACUCGAAGGAGGAUUAAGAAUCCCAGAGGUGAUUUUUGACAAACUCUUUGACUAUCAGAAAGUUGGAGUGCAGUGGCUUUGGGAACUGCACUGCCAGAGAGCAGGUGGAAUUAUUGGGGAUGAAAUGGGUCUUGGUAAGACUAUCCAGGUCAUAUCUUUUCUUGCUGCUUUGCAUUUCAGUGAAAUGUAUAAACCAAGUAUUGUUAUUUGUCCUGUAACUCUCUUGCGUCAGUGGAGACGAGAAGCAAAAAAGUGGUACCCUAGCUUUCAUGUUGAGAUUCUUCAUGAUUCUGCUCAGGAUCCUGUUAGUAAAAAGAAAAAGUCUGAUGAAAGCGAUUAUGACAGUGAAGGAUCAUUCGACAGUGAUAAUGAAAGAAAACUUUCCAAAAAAAGCACCUCAAGAAACAAGUGGGAUUCUUUGAUAGCUCGUAUUUUAAGAUCAGAAAAUGGGUUGCUCAUAACCACCUAUGAACAACUCCGAUUACUCGGUGAAAAACUUCUUGAUAUCCAGUGGGGUUAUGCGGUUCUGGAUGAAGGACAUCGGAUCCGAAACCCCAAUGCAGAGGUUACUUUAGUUUGUAAGCAAUUGCAAACUGUGCAUCGGAUAAUAAUGACGGGAGCACCCAUUCAGAACAAGCUGUCUGAGUUGUGGUCUUUAUUCGACUUUGUUUUUCCCGGAAAGCUUGGAGUUCUACCUGUUUUUGAGGCAGAAUUUGCGGUCCCCAUUUCUGUUGGUGGUUAUGCAAAUGCAACUCCAUUGCAAGUAUCUACAGCUUACAGAUGUGCAGUUGUUCUGCGUGACCUCAUUAUGCCUUACCUUCUUCGGCGAAUGAAGGCUGAUGUGAACGCUCAUCUUACAAAGAAGACGGAGCAUGUUCUGUUUUGCAGCCUGACUCCUGAGCAACGAUCUAUAUACCGAGCAUUUCUUGCUAGUUCUGAGGUGGAGCAGAUUUUUGAAGGAAAUAGGAACUCGCUCUACGGGAUUGAUGUCAUGCGUAAAAUUUGCAACCACCCUGAUUUGCUAGAGAGAGAACAUUCCUCUAGCAAUCCAGAUUAUGGAAACCUACAGCGCAGUGGGAAAAUGAAAGUUGUUGAACAGGUACUUAAGGUGUGGAAGGAUCAGGGUCAUCGUGUUCUUUUGUUUACGCAGACCCAACAAAUGCUUGACAUUCUUGAGAGUUUCCUGAUAGCUGCUGAUUAUAGCUAUCGACGGAUGGAUGGGCAGACUGUUGUAAGACAGCGGAUGGCUUUAAUCGACGAAUUCAAUGAUUCAAAGGACAUAUUUAUCUUCAUCCUAACUACUAAAGUUGGGGGCUUGGGAACAAAUCUUACUGGUGCGAAUAGGGUGAUCAUCUUUGAUCCUGAUUGGAACCCUUCUACAGACAUGCAGGCAAGAGAACGUGCUUGGCGUAUUGGACAGACUCGAGAUGUUACAGUAUACAGAUUGAUUACUCGUGGAACAAUAGAGGAAAAGGUUUAUCAUAGACAGAUUUAUAAACAUUUCCUGACAAAUAAGAUCUUGAAGAACCCGCAGCAGCGAAGGUUCUUCAAGGCUAGAGAUAUGAAGGAUCUCUUCGUUUUGCAAGACGAGGGGGAAGGCGCUUCAACCGAAACAUCUAAUAUCUUUAGUCAACUGUCCGAAGAUAUAAACGCCAUCCAACCGCUUAAAGAUAAUUCAGCUAAAGACAAAACUGUUGUCCCACUAUUAACAUCUUCCAGUGAUGCCGAAGUUAGUGGUUCGAACAACUCUUUAGCUCUUGAUGCUAAAGGAAAGGAAAAAGCUUUUCAGAAUGAUGGUGAAGUAGAUGCAGAAACUAAUGUUUUGAGUCUUCUUUUUGAUGCCCAAGGGAUACAUAGUGCGGUGAACCAUGAUAUGAUUAUGAAUGCCCAUGAGGAGGAGAAAGUGAGGCUGGAGGAGCAAGCUUCACAAGUUGCACAACGUGCUGCUGAAGCAUUACGCCAAUCACGCAUGCUCCGGAGCAGAGAUAGUGUAUCUGUUCCCACAUGGACUGGCAGGUCUGGUGCUGCUGGUGGUCCAUCCUCUGUCCGCAAGAAGUUCGGCACAACCGUAAACUCUCAAUUAGUUAGUAACUCAAAAGCUUCAGCAGAUGUUUCUUUGAACACCGGGAUUAGCAGAUCAAAUGGUUUUUCAGCUGGAGUGUCUACAGGAAAAGCUUUAUCUUCGAUGGAGUUACUAGCUAGAAUACGGGGAACACAAGAAAGAGCGGUUGUUGAUGGACUUGAACAGCAGUUUGAUUUGGUUUCCUCUGGUUCUAUUAAAAGAUCAGAAGCAACAGCAAGCUCAGGAGCUUCUAGUUCUAGGGCAUUUCAUAAGAUAUCCAGUGUCCAGCCCGAGGUUUUGAUUCGUCAAAUUUGUAGUUUCAUACAGCAAAAAGGUGGAAGUACCAGUUCAGCCGCUAUUGUGCAGUAUUUUAAGGAUAGGAUACCACCGAAAGAUCUGCCGCUUUUUAAAAACCUAUUGAAGGAAAUCGCAACCUUAGAGAAAGACGAGAAUGGAUCCUCGUGGAUUCUUAAGCCAGAGUACCAACAAUGAUCAUUGGAAAUCCGUUGCGAAAUUUUGUUCAGUGCUUAGCCAUGGGCAUCCUCUUCCUGUACACAAUUUGGUAUCCACUGUACAGAUUACUUUUGUUUUCCAGGGUAAGAUGAAUCAGACAGAAGUUGAGAUAGAUAGGGAUUUUGGUGUAGUUUUUUGGAGCCGAGUGUUUCAGCUAUUCUUUAGCCGUUACCCUGUACGCUUUUUCAUCCCUGGUAGUAGAGCCUUUUGUGUAUAAAUAUGAAACAUUUUUUUGUUGUAGAUAAGAUAGGUAGAUACUAGUUUAUUCCUUGGAUCCAUGAGAUUUUGUACCUUGUUACUAGAAAACUGCUAGUGAUCAACCUACACAGUUCUUUUUUUAUCUUGAUAGUCAAAUUGCAGAAAUUUAAAAUUGGAAAAUUGCCUUGCUUAUCUUUAUCUAUUAGCCAUUUAGAGACUCCAGUGAUUCAACAUUAAAGUAAAGGUCCUGAUUGGUGCUCUCCCACCGCAGCUUCGUCAUGGAUGAGCAGGUGGUUUCUUGAGUACGGUUAUGGGUAAUUUGGAUGGAUUGCAUUAGUUUCAACCAGAUUUGCUUCAUGAUUGGCUUGGUGGUGCCUUUCUUGAACACUCCAUAACAAUGAUAAUAUUUGUUUUUGCAUCUCUGCUGUCAAAAACUGGACAUCCAUGAUCAGGUACAUGUAGUCUAACUAACAUGGCGCGGAACGUUUAAGUGUUUGCAAGCUACAAAACCAAAUGCAGGCCUUGAUAAACAAUUCUAUGUUGCGAGUAAAUAAUUCCGAGCAUGGAGGUCUAUAAGAGCAGUAUAAAAUCUUAUUAAUCC